CCUGCACACUCCAGCGUUAUUUACUCAUGCACUCAUGCUGGAACAAAAGGGCAACCAUGUGCACGCUUUAGUCAGACAUUUCAGGAGUAAAUCAAAUGUAUGCAUGCUUGAAAUGAACUAAUAAACUUUGCUGUCAGUUGCAUCGUGUUUAUUUGUUUGUUUUCAAAUGUAUGCAUGCCUACAAUAAACUAAUAAACUUUGCUGUCAGUUGCAUCUUGUUGUUUGUUUGUUUGUUUUGAAAUGUAUGCAUGCUUGAAAUAAACUAAUAAACUUUGCUGUCAGUUGCAUCUUGUUUGUUUUGAAAUGUAUGCAUGCUUAUAAGAAACUAAUAAACUUUGCUGUCAGUUGCAUCUUGUUUGUUUGUUUGUUUUGUUUUGAAAUGUAUGCAUGCUUAUAAUAAACUAAUAAACUUUGCUGUCAGUUGCAUCAUGUUUAUUUGUUUGUUUGUUUUGAAAUGUAUGCAUGCUUAUAAGAAACUAAUAAACUUUGCUUAAAAGGAACCAAUAAACUUUGCUGUCAGUUGCAUCUUGUUUGUUUGUUUGUUUUCAAAUGUAUGCAUGCCUACAAUAAACUAAUAAACUUUGCUGUCAGUUGCAUCUUGUUUGUUUGUUUGUUUUCAAAUGUAGGCAUUAAAUCAAAUCUAUGCAUGCUUAAAAUAAACUAAUAAACUUUGCUGUCAGUUGUAUUUUGUGUUUGUUUUUACUCUAAACAUGUUUUCCAGACUUGUUCUGUUUUCUUGCUCAUUUUUUUUAAAUAUCAUAAAAGGUUAAACCACGUGAAAGGCUGCAUUAAAGCAUUAAUUAGGGAAGACACUACACUACAGGUAGAAGCAUGGAUCAUGGAUUUUGGUGUUGCAAGGCAACAUUAACGACAUAUCCUCAAACAAAGCGAAGUCGAGAAGCUGUCACACUUACGCUUCAGGCCACUGUCGAGUGAAUUGUUAGAGUAACUUCGUAACAGGCGGUUGAGAUCUGACAUGACGAACUUGAACAAACUAAGUAUACUAUACUGACUAUAGAUGUACACCAAUUUUCAACAAAAGAAAGUAAAAACAUAAAAAGUCAAACGGUACGUCUGCGACUUCACACCACCUCACUCUUUAAUUUCCCUCAUUUCUAAAGAAAAUACUACACCCUUCGAUCUUUCAGAUACACGCAUUUUUCGAUCACGGCUUCACUGAUAUCGGACAUUAUAAUUUUAUAAGUAGUUGAUGCACAUGAACAAAGUAGCUAGUUACAUAGCUAGCUAGCUAACAGUGUAGAUUAAACUUGCUAAUCACAUCGUUAUAAUCAGAGACUGACAACAACGGACUAAAAUGGUGCCAGUGUUCAUUUCGAUAACUAGCGUUGUGUCCGGUACAGCAGGCGUGUUUCCUUUCGCUGUUGUCACAGUGUGCGAGACGUAAUAUAUCAUUGCUUGUACCGUCUACUGCCCAUCCCCCACUCAUAAACAUAAUGUUCAUACAGUGAGCAUGGGGCAGCGUGAUUCCUGCCCCAUUGGGCCUCUAUUAGCGCUUGGUGCAGUUAACAUUUUGAGCACUAGUUGCAGCAAUAAUAACUCUGUGAAGCUAAAUGGGGCAGUGAGCACUCUGCCCACGACAUGGUGUCUAGUAUUUCUGAUGUUUUCUUGUAAGAAUGACAUGUUUUUCUUGUAAUAACGAUGUUUUCUUGUAACAAUGAUGUUUUCUUCUAACAACAACAUAUUGUCUUGUAAUAGUGACACGUUGUCUUGUAGCAACGAGAAUACAAGACGUUUUCUUGUAACAACGGCAUGUUUUUCUUGUAAUAACGACGUUUUCUUGUAACAGCGACAUUUUUUUUUUAAUAACGAUGUGUUCUUGUAACGGUGAUGUUUUCUUGUUACAACGACGUUAUCUUGUAACAACGGCAUGUUUUCUUGUAAUAUCAUAUUGUCUUGUAGCAACGAGAAUACAAGACGUUUUCUUGUAACAGCGACAUUUGUUUUUUGUAAUAACGAUGUUUUCUUGUAACAGUGAUGUUAUCUUGUAACAACAACAUGUUUUCUUGUAAUAUCAUAUUGUCUUGUAGCAACGAGAAUACAAAAUGCUUUCUUGUAACAACGGCAUGUUUUCAUUUACAUUUACGUAACAGCUUUACAUUUAUGGCAUUUGGCAGAAGGCUUUAUCCAGAGCAACUUACAAUGAUCUCAUUUAUACAACUGAGCAGUUGAGGUUUAAGGGCCUGUGACGUGUUUUCUGGUAACAGCGACAUGUUUUCUUGUAAAAACGGCAUGUUUUUCUUGUAAUAACAACGUUUUCUUGUAACAGCGACAUGUUUUCUUGUAGCAAAGCAACAGUACAUCAACACACCCAUGGUACUUGGCAAUAAAGCAUUUCGUAUGGGCACAUUAGGGUCACGUGACCAAGACGUCAGUCGCUCAGGAAGGACCGUCAAGAGAAUUUUUUUUUUCCCCUGCAGGAAAAUAACACGGAAAAAAAAAGCAGAUUGCACGGUGAUAGGCGCUUAAGAGGGGGCAUCAUGGACGUGUCCGGCCACAGCCUUUUCCUCCUGCAGCAGCUCAAUGUCCAAAGGGAGUUUGGUUUCCUGUGUGACUGCACGGUUGCCAUUGGCAACGUGUACUUCAAGGCCCAUCGAGCAGUGCUGGCUGCCUUCUCCAACUACUUCAAGAUGAUCUUCAUCCAUCAGUCCAGUGAGUGUAUUAAGAUCCAGCCCACUGACAUCCAGCCCGAUGUCUUCAGCUACCUGUUGCACAUCAUGUACACAGGCAACGGCCCCAAGCAGCCUGUGGAUCAGGGUCGGUUACAGGACGGGAUCAAGUUCCUCCAUGCGUACCAGCUGUGCCGCAAAGCAACCGACGGUGGAACUGACACCUCCUCAGACUCCAUCCGCAUAUCCAACCUGUACGGCAUCCAGAUCUCUUCCCAGCUGGGCACUAAAGAGUCGACAGGCAUGAAAGCUAGCGGGGCACGAGAACCCGAGGACAGGCGAUGUGGCUCGCGUGGCCGUCCGCUGCCAGCUUUAGCAGGGAUUGAAGGGCACACAUCGGAGCGCCAGUCCCUCAGUCUGCGCGCCAUCACGUCAGGGGACGAGUGUGACAUCUUGGCACGGAUCAAGCAGGAAGAGGAGGAGCCGGAUGAGGGUGAGGAACCACGAGCGCCUGCAUCUCUGCCUUCGACCCAGGGGAGCCCAUGCCAGGCUGGUGGUUUUAAGGACGGCCCUCUGGCGCUGCUGUGUCCUCAGUGUGGAGAACGAUGCCUCUCUCCUGAGGGACUACAGGAACAUCUUUUCACCCACGCGGCAUGCGCCCUCAUGGAAGGACCUUCCGAAGACAGCAGGGGGGACAUUAAAGGGCCAGCGGAAGAGCGACAGUGCCACGCACUAGCAGAUGAGUUGGCGUCAGAGAUAAGGCGAGGUACGGCAGGCACUGGAAGUCCACCUGCAGGCUUUACACGGAAAAGAAAGAUGGCAUGCGCAGUCUGCAACUUGCGCUUUUCACAGAAGAGCCAGCUGCAGGAGCACAUGUUCGCCCACGUGGGCAAACCACUGCGCCAACAUCGUUACGGGCGAUUCAGUGGACCGCUGAUCCAUCCCAGCGAGGGAACGUCGGAAAUCGAGGAAGUUGCCCAGGAUAAUGGCAGCUCGUGCUACUCGCUGGACUCAGAAGUCUCUCAUGAGAGCGUAGACGCCGUGGCGGUAGAAUGACACCUUCAGUAACAUAUCGGACAUGUUUCCUGCAUUCCAUUGCAUUUUUAACACACCCUUGUAAAUUUCCACUCCUGAAUUAAUUACGUAACAACUACAAUCCACAAGUAAUUUUUCUUGUCUAUGGAGAGUCUUGCUAAUUAGUCAGUUAGCCAGCUAGCAUUCUAAUUACUGAGCUAGCUUGUUAACUAGAAGGUAGAUUGAUAUAUAGAUGGAUUUGUACAUAGGAUCUUAAUAUUUUUAAAUUGUGUGUUUUACUGCUAUUUAUAUUCAUUAACAACUUCAUUCAAAAUCCAACUAAAAUCAAAAUCUUCUACUGCAAAUUUUGAAUAUCUGACCUGAUUUGUGUUCAUAAUCUUCCUGCUAUCUUUAGCUAGCUAGCACACACAUGACAGGAUUUUUACAUUAGAUUUAUAUUAAUAAAUGUUUAUACUGUAAGUCAUAGCCAGCUAGCUAAUAUGAGGUGACCUGAUGAAGUUUCUGACAGGAUUUUUAAAUAAUUUUCAUAAUCUUCACUGCUAACGCUAGCCAGAUAGCUAAAAUAAGACAACCUGACAGGAUUUCUUACAGAAUUUUUAUUUAUAUUUAUAAAUGUUAAACAAUUUCCAUUGUUAAUGCUAGCUAGCAUGAGUGGAUUUCUAAAUAAUAUUCAUAAUCUUCACUGCUAGUCAUCUAGCUAAGAUGAGCUAACCUGACAGGAUUUCUUACAGGAUCUUUAAGUGAUAUUCAUAAUCUUUACUGCUAACACAGUAGCAGGUAGCUAACAUUUAAAAAAGAUGAAAAACAUUUAUGAUCUUCACUGAUAAUGCAGUGAAUGGAUUUUGAAUAGGUGUUUAAUGUCAGAUUCAUAAAUGUUUAUAAUUUCCACUGCUAAAGAAUGACAGCUAUUUAGCUAGUUAAACAGCUAGUUAAAAAUAACAUUCAUGAACACUAAUAAUCUCCACUAUUAAUGCUAGUCAACUAGCUAACAUUCUAAUCUGACAGGAUUUUCAAUUUCCUUCACUGGGCUAAUAUAGUAAUAUUCAUAGUCUUCACUACUAAUGCUAGCAAAUUAGCCACCAUGAGCUAACCUGACAGGAUUACUGAGAGAAUCCUUAAGUGAUAUUCUUAAUCUUUACUGCUAACUGAGUAGCGUACAUCACAUGACCUGACUAAAAAGAUUAAUAAAAAUUCAUAAUCUUCACUGAUAGUGCAGUGACAGGAUUUUUAAGUCAUAUUCGUAAAAGUUUAUAAUUUCCUCUGCUAAUGGUAAGCAGCUAGCUAACAUGAGCUAAUCUGAUAGAACUUCUCUCAGGAUAAUUUAAGAACGUGUUUAUGAGUGUCAUUAUAAAAGUAUUCCUUCUUAGAAACUGGGCCACAGAAUACAACAUAACACAAGAAAUACUACAUUAAAUACUAGCUUUAUGAGGAAAUUCUCCAGUUAAAGGAUUAAGGGAAAACAGGAAGUUUACAGAGGUGUGUUUAAAACGUUACUGUAAUGCAGGAGGAUGGAAAAUGUUUGACCUCAGACUUCAUGUCCUGUCCUGUCUUUUAUAAGCUCCGUCAGUGUGUUUCUGUUCUCUUGUGUUGAUGGGUUUAGUGUUGAUGUGGAUUUUACAUUGUGGUUUGUAGAUUAAACUGAUCGGCGCUGGACUCAGACCUUCCCUAAGAAAAAUCGAUAUAUGAAUCGUGAAUGACUGACAGUUGUGUAGGUGUUUUGAACUCUCCAGAAACCCCGCCCCUUUUCCCUCAUCUGACAUUAGUAAAGUUUUAGUUGGUGCUCUCGUCUUGACUCGAUUUUCCUGACGCGGCGUCCUCGCUUUCUGGCACGGUAAAUCCAGGACGUUUUCAGUUCAGUAAUGCGAAAUAAAAUGUAUUAACGUAUGUUCGACUUAGCUAACAUUAGACAAAUAUAUAGUUAACGUUAGUCAGUUAACUAUAUUUAUGAAAUUUUGUCCAAAAAAUUCCUUCCAAAUUUCGAUCUGAAGGAAAAGGAAAAGAAUUCUGACAAUUCUGAAGAUGAAAUAGGUCUACAAUGACGUGUCAAAUCGAACACUUUUUUAAAUCAGUGAUAAUUCGAAAGUGUUUGCAAACACCAGACAUUUCACACUUACCGUGAGCAACAUUAGACAAGCAGCUUGUAAAGGGAUUAUAUCGAAACCUCUGUAAUACUGUGUUAUUAUUUAGUUUUUUUGCACCUCCUUCACCGAGACUAGCUGUUAUUCCUCCUCGGGGUUUGCAGAUCUGUUGGACUGAAGAGCCAGGCGUUGCGUUUUCUUCAGUAGAUUAAUGAAAGUAAACCAUUACAGCAAAGCACAGAUGAUGGAUUAACACCACGCUUCUCUGUGGUAGUAUUUUCUAAAUAAAUAGAAAGUCAUUUUAUUAAUGUGUAGCAGUGAGCGGAUUUGGACAUACUAUUUGGACAACAAUCAGAUGAAAUGUAGGCAUAGUAACUAAAGCUUAUUGUGUAUUAAUUAAGAAAAAAAGAAACAAACACACGAUUACGAUGCAGUUGAAUUCAGUGCCUUAGAGAUAUUUGCAAUUUUUAGACUAAAAGCACUUAAAGUGUUGCGUCACUAACAAAGCCAGGUAGUGAUGAAUCAGAAAAAAAUAAAUUGGACUUCAGAACUGAUGAACGGAAGAAAGAUGUUUGAUUUAUAAAUCAGACUUUUGAAAUGAUCUCUACAGACUCUGCGUUUUUGUUUGGUACGUCAGUGUUAUUAUGUUCGUCUAGUGCCUGAUUUUGUCUAUAGAAUGUGUAAAAAACUGGUGCUUUAUGAAAAACCUGUCAUUCCUGCUGAAAGAUCAGUGAUAUCUACUGGUUUCUAAUGGAUUUUAAUGUGUGCUCUGUAAAGGAAUGUAUUGUUCCUAAUGGUUCCCGAUGGAUCUAAUUUUAUUCGAAUGAUAAUCACCUAAACACGAACGAAGGCCAUAUUGAGUUCUAAUGGAAACCAUUAAAGAUUGUAAUGGUCUUUUUUAUUUUUAUUUUUUAUUUUUAUUUGACUUUUCAGCAGAGAUAUAGGUUCAUACCAGAAGUGAAAGUCCAUAAACGUCUUGCUUGUCACUUUGCAUAACUGGAAUUAUGUUCACUUUCAUGAGAAUAAAAGGCUUUCUACAUAAUAAUGAAGAAAUAAAUAACACUAGGGUUAAAGGUCACCGUCAUCAGGCCUGACCUUUCUGUGCCUCGAACAGUGAACAACAAAAAGCACUCACACUGUACGUUUAUGUGGAAAACAAAAUGCACGACACUUUUUUGUAUUCAUUAAACACUUGAACAGAGGUCAGAGGUCAAUUGUACUGUGAUGAAUAAACGAAGCGUGUGAAAAACUGAAUAUUAGGCUGAAUUUUCUCUAAGUGUUUGUAUUUCAUCAGCCUCUGGGUUAAUAUUGUGUAAUAACUGUGUUGCUAGUAUUAUUUUUAAAUAAAUGUCAUUUUCAAUUAAA